GGUUGCAUAAAAGGGAUACGGGAAAGUCUUGUACAGAGAGUCUUGUAAGGAGGAGGUUCAGACGUGCCCUGGGUGAGUGGGGCACCUCUUCCCGUUGGAAGGAAAGAAGGAAGGAAGGAAGGAAGAGACACGUGCGAAGUCCUCAUCCAGGUUCAAUCUUUUGAGUCCUGGGAGAGGGAGAGCUCGGAUCCCAUGGUCCCCUGCCGCCCUUUCCAUGCACGUAACAGGCAGCGGGGAAAGCAGAGCUCCAGACCAGCGGUAUUGCCCCCGCCCCCCAGGAAGAUAUCCAGGAUCCCCAGGAAGGAGGAGGGGAUCUGGGGGAGCCCUUCACGCCCCAUUUCCUGGGAAAAUCCCGGAAGGAGGGGGAGGGGGAGAGUUUGCAUUGCAAAUCUCAAGCAGGAAAGAGGAAAAGCUUCGCAAGGAAGGCGAUGCAAAAGAUUGUGCCUCCAUUCUCACCACGUGCUGGAUGAAAAUAACAGAGGGUUGGAUCCUCUGCAGUUCAACAUGUCUUAGGAGGAGACAAUUAUCUCUUGGGCAAAGAGGGCUGAAUGGCCUGCUGUGGCCAUUCCAGCAACUACAGGAACAGUCCUAUGAAUUUGAUUGAAAAGGCGUUUGGAGAUCCACAAGAUUCCUUAGACCCAUUUGGAGUUGUGCUAGAGGAAAGGGAAAGAAUGGAGACACAUCCUUCAGGAAGUGAAUUAACUGGAAAAGGCCCUCCUGCUGUUCAGCCUGGGAGCUGUGGGGAGUUCUGGGCAAGAACUGGGCAGGAGAUCCUGGAGGAGGAAACCAUCCGUUCAGAAGGUCAGCCCUGGGACUUCAGGAGCAUCUGGUAUCAGGAGGCUGAGGGUCCCCGAGGACUUUGCAGCCGACUCCACUACUUUUGCAGUCGAUGGUUGAGACCGGACAAGCACACAAAAGCGCAGAUGCUGGACCUGGUUGUCCUGGAGCAGUUCCUGGCCCUCCUGCCCCUGCAGAUGGAGAGCUGGGUGCGGGAGUGUGGGGCAGAGACCAGCUCCCAGGCGGUGGCCCUGGUGGAAGGCUUCCUCCUGAGCCAGGCGGAGGAGCGGAAGGAGCAGGUCGAGUUGCAGUCCUUUGCUGUGGAGAUCAGAGAUGCUGAGGGAAGGAGGAAUCGAUCAAAUCCCCCUCAGGAGCUGUUUUUCAGGAGUUUCUUUCAGGAAGAUCCAAAUCAGGACACCUCCAGAGGGAGGAAUGAAACGAAGUUGUUGAUUCCUUAUGGUGGAGCUGAAACAGUGCUUGAACCUCCAACUCAAGAGGGCCUUGUGUCCUUUGAGGAGGUGGCUGUGUGUUUCUCCGAGGAGGAGUGGUCUCAGCUGGAUCCUCACCAAAAAACGCUGCAUUGGGAAGUCACGCUGGAAAAUUGUAGGAAUGUGGCCUCUCUGGGUAAUAAUGGGCAGGAGAAUAAAGAUUCCAGUGAACCAUCCCAAAUGAUGAGGCAGGGAGAUGGAACAGAGAAGCCUGCAAUUCAAAUGGAACUAGGAAGGCAUGAGAAGAACCAGUCAAAUAAUUGGAAUAUGAAAAGCUCAACUUCCAUAAAUGCUCAGAUACCAGACUUUCUUGCACAAGAAGGAAAAAUAAAGAAAAAAUAUGUUGGGAAAAGUGUAAGAGAAUUUAAAGAUGAAUUAGAUGUAAAUGAACACUAUCCAACCCAAACCAAAGGAGAAGAUUAUAUAUGCCAAGACAAUGGAAAAAAUUACAAUUGGACUUUCCUUCUUUCUUGUGAAAAUGAGUCUCUUACUUCUGAUAAAAGCAUCCACUCAGGGGAGAAGCCAUAUAAGUGCACGGAGUGUGGAAAGACCUUCAUUCAGAGCGGUGAACUUACUGACCAUAAAAACAUCCACACAGGGGAAAGGCCAUAUAAAUGCAUGGAGUGUGAAAAGCACUUUAUUAAGAGCAGUCAACUUAUUUCUCAUAAAAGGAUCCACACAGGAGAGAAGCCAUAUAAAUGCAGAGUGUGUGGAAAGGGCUUCAGUGCAAAUGGGUCCCUUAUGAGACAUAAAAAGAUCCACACAGGGGAGAAGCCAUAUAAGUGCAUGGAGUGUGGAAUGAGCUUCAGUCAUAAUGGUUACCUUACUUCCCAUAAAAGGAUCCACACAGGAGAGAAGCCAUAUAAAUGCACAGAGUGUGGAAUGAGCUUCAGUCGUAGUGGUUACCUUACUUCCCAUAAAAGGAUCCACACAGGGGAGAAGCCAUAUAAAUGCACAGAGUGUGGAACGAGCUUCAGUCGUAGUGGUUACCUUACUUCCCAUAAAAGGAUCCACACAGGAGAGAAGCCAUAUAAGUGCAUGGAGUGUGGAAUGAGCUUCAGUCAUAAUGGUUACCUUACUUCCCAUAAAAGGAUCCACACAGGGGAGAAGCCAUAUAAAUGCAUGGAGUGUGGAAUGAGCUUCAGUCAUAAUGGUUACCUUACUUGCCAUAAACGGACCCACACAGGAGAGAAGCCAUAUGAAUGCACGGAGUGUGGAAAGACCUUUAUUCAGAGCAGUAAACUUACUAGCCAUAAAAGGAUCCACACAGGAGAGAAGCCAUAUAAAUGCACAGAGUGUGGAAUGAGCUUCAGUCGUAGUGAUUCCCUUACUUCCCAUAAAAGGAUCCACACAGGGGAGAAGCCAUAUAAAUGCAGAGUGUGUGGAAAGGGCUUCAGUGAAAAUGGGUCCCUUAUGAGACAUAAAAGGAUUCACACAGGGAAGAAGCCAUAUAAAUGCAUGGAGUGUGGAAAGAGCUUCAGUGAAAAAGGGUCCCUUAUGAGACAUAAAAGGAUCCACACAGGUGAGAAGCCAUAUAAAUGCAUGGAGUGUGGAAAGAACUUUAUUCAGAGUAGUGAACUUACUUGCCAUAAAAGGACCCACACAGGAGAGAAGCCAUAUGAAUGCACGGAGUGUGGAAAGACCUUUAUUCAGAGCAGUAAACUUACUAGCCAUAAAAGGAUCCACACAGGAGAGAAGCCAUAUAAAUGCACAGAGUGUGGAACAAGCUUCAGUUGUAGUGGUUCCCUUACUUCCCAUAAAAGGAUCCACACAGGGGAGAAGCCAUAUAAAUGCAGAGUGUGUGGAAAGGGCUUCAGUGAAAAUGGGUCCCUUAUGAGACAUAAAAGGAUUCACACAGGGGAGAAGCCAUAUAAAUGCAUGGAGUGUGGAAAGGGCUUCAGUGAAAAAGGGUCCCUUAUGAGACAUAAAAGGAUCCACACAGGGGAGAAACCAUAUAAAUGUGCAGAGUGUGGAAAGAAUUUCAGAACAAGUGGUUACCUUACUUUCCAUAAAGGGAUCCACAGAGGGGAGAAGUCAUAG